AUGGGUGGAGGGGAGUGGCGGGGUACGGGGCGAGAGGCGGUUAGUCGCCCGCGCACUGUCGCGCUCGCUCUACACGCAUCUCACGGCUCCGGCCGGCGGCGCCUGCGCACCUCUGCCAUAACCAAGCAUAUGACCACGAUCCUGUGCAUUUCUCGUUUUAAUUUCGCCGAACUUGACGGGAAUAUGGUUAAGGCUGGAGGGUAUAUCAUUUCAAAACGUGCAGUUCGGGUGUCCGGUACAUCGCCAGGUACCCGCCAUGUUAAACCGUGCGGCAUCUUGAGUUUGCACGAGAUCAAAUCGACGGAUGCGCCGAUUUCUGCGCAGCCCACGCAGUCCUUGACCGCUGCGAACUCUCAUGCUACGCCAAAAUCUUAUGACGCAUGGAAAAAUCCUUUAGUGUCGUUUUCUCAA